AUGGCUUCCUCAACCGACCUCAAGAAAAUACUAGGUGACCUCAACAAGGACUCCUUCAUAUCCCUUCUCUCCAAGCUUAUUGGGGAGUCCAAGUACCUCCAAAACAACCCACCUGAACUGAUCCCUCAGGAGGACCGAGUGGUCAAGCACGUGCUUGAUUCCCUCCUGCCCCUUAGCACCACCACAGGCGGUGGACCCUUGGUGAUCAACCAUGUAACCUACUUUCCUGGCAGAGGAAACGUUAUUGUAGAAUACCCAGGAACUGUGCCUGGGAAGAUCUUGUCCUUUGUGGGGUGUCACAUGGACGUGGUCACUGCAAAUCCUAAUGACUGGGAGUUUGAUCCAUUCUCAUUGAGCAUUGAUGGUGAUAAGCUUCGUGGCCGUGGAACCACUGAUUGCUUGGGCCAUGUUGCACUUGUAGCUGAGCUCAUGAGACGGCUCGCAGAGACAAAGCCAAAAUUGAAGUCCACUGUGGUUGCAGUCUUUAUAGCAAAUGAAGAAAAUUCUGCCAUUUCAGGUGUUGGUGUGGAUGCACUCGUGAAGGAUGGGCUACUCAGUAAGCUAAGGGAAGGUCCUCUGUUUUGGAUUGACACGGCAGAUAAACAACCUUGCGUUGGUACUGGUGGUAUGAUACCUUGGAAGCUUCAUGUGACUGGCAAGCUUUUCCACAGUGGUUUAGCACACAAGGCUAUAAACCCUUUGGAGCUAGCUAUGGAAGCACUGAAAGAGAUCCAGUCGCGGUUCUAUAGAGACUUUCCUCCCCAUCCUAAGGAAGAGGUCUACGGAUUUGCAACACCGUCAACCAUGAAACCAACUCAAUGGAGUUAUCCUGGGGGCGGAAUAAAUCAAAUUCCAGCAGAGUGCACAAUUUCAGGAGAUGUCAGGUUAACUCCCUUCUACAAUGUUAAGGACGUGAUGGAAAAGCUUCAAGAAUAUGUGGAUGACAUUAAUGAAAACAUUGGAAAGCUUGACUCACGAGGUCCGGUGUCAAACCUCACAUUAAGUUUUGAUGAGACGUCAUCUGGAGUUGCUUGUGAUCUCAACUCCCGUGGCUUUCACGUAUUAUGUAAAGCUACUGAAGAGGUUGUUGGGCAUGUAAAGCCUUACUCAAUUACUGGAAGUUUGCCUCUCAUUCGAGAACUGCAGGAUGAAGGAUUUGAUGUUCAAACGUCUGGCUACGGCUUGAUGGCCACAUACCAUGCCAAGAAUGAGUACUGCCUUUUUUCCGAUAUGAGCCAAGGCUACCAGGUGUUUGUCAGCAUUAUCUCUCAACUAGAGGACUGA